AACACUGUUCUCUCCUCUUUCUAUCCCUCUCUCUCUUUCUCGCUUUCUCUAGGGUUUGGCCCCUCUGUUCAUCUCUUUACUCUGCUCUAGGGUUUUACCCGACUGCCUUUGUUUUGAUCGACCUUCCCCUUUAGUCUCUACGCUCGUCUGUGAAUAUGGCGGCCGAGAAGCUCAGGGAUAUGAGCCUGCCCUUUGAUGUUGCCUUGCUCGAUGCCACUGUGUCGGCGUUUUACGGCACCGGAUCUAAGGAAGAGAGGGCAGCUGCGGACCUAAUAUUGCGGGACUUGCAAAACAAUCCAGAUAUGUGGCUCCAAGUCGUGCCAAUUUUGCGGAGCGCUCAAAAUCUCAACACCAAGUUCUUCGCUUUACAGGUCCUAGAAGGGGUUAUCAAGUAUAGGUGGAAUGCACUGCCUGUUCAACAGAGAGAUGGAAUGAAAAAUUAUAUCUCUGAUCUCAUUGUGCAGCUUUCAGGCAAUGAGAGUUCUUUUAGAAGUGAAAGGCUCUACGUCAACAAGCUCAAUAUCAUUUUGGUUCAGAUUUUGAAGCAUGAUUGGCCUGCUAAAUGGCAAAGUUUUGUUCCAGAUCUUGUUUCAGCAGCUAAAACGAGUGAAACCAUAUGUGAGAAUUGUAUGGUUAUAUUGAAACUCUUAAGUGAAGAGGUCUUUGAUUUCUCAAGGGGAGAAAUGACUCAGCUGAAGAUUAAGGAGCUUAAACAAUCAUUGAACAGCGAGUUUCAACUUAUUCACGAGCUGUGCUUGUACGUAUUAUCUGUAUCUCAAAGAACUGAACUUAUACGUGCAACACUUUCGACGUUACAUGCUUUUCUCUCAUGGAUUCCCUUGGGCUAUAUUUUUGAGUCCCCGUUGCUUGAAACCCUUCUGAAGUUUUUUCCCAUGCCUCAAUAUCGGAAUCUUGCCCUUCAGUGUUUAACAGAGGUUGCGGCACUUUCAUUCGGUGACUUCUACAAUGCUCAGUAUGUUAAGAUGUAUAUGAUAUUCAUGGUGCAGUUACAGACUAUCCUCCCCACUACCACAAACAUCCCUGAGGCUUAUGGAAAUGGAUCUGGCGAGGAACAGGCAUUUAUUCAAAACUUGGCACUGUUCUUCACUUCGUUUUUCAAGUCUCAUAUACGUGUUCUUGAAACCAACCAAGAAAACGUAAAUGCGUUGCUAAUGGGUCUUGAAUAUCUUAUAAGCAUCUCAUAUGUGGAUGACACAGAAGUUUUUAAGGUUUGCUUAGACUAUUGGAAUUCCUUGGUAUUGGAACUAUAUGAGGCACAUAAUAAUUUGGAUAACCCUGCAGCUACAGCAAACAUGAUGGGACUGCAGAUGCCUAUGAUUCCUGGUAUGGUUGAUGGCCUUGGCUCACAAAUUAUGCAGAGGAGGCAGAUAUAUGUUAGCAUCAUGUCAAAGUUAAGGCUGCUCAUGAUCUGUCGUAUGGCAAAGCCAGAAGAGGUUCUCAUUGUUGAAGAUGAGAAUGGCAACAUCGUUCGCGAGACCCUUAAGGACAAUGAUGUUCUUGUCCAAUAUAAGAUCAUGAGGGAAACAUUAAUAUAUUUGGCACACCUUGACCACGAUGACACUGAGAAGCAGAUGCUAAAGAAGUUAAGCAAACAACUAAGCGGCGAGGACUGGGCAUGGAAUAACUUAAACACGUUAUGCUGGGCAAUAGGGUCCAUAUCUGGUUCCAUGGCGGAAGAACAGGAAAACAGAUUUUUGGUGAUGGUGAUUCGUGACUUACUGAAUUUAUGCGAAAUCAUAAAAGGGAAAGAUAACAAAGCUGUGAUUGCAAGCAACAUUAUGUAUGUUGUUGGGCAGUACCCAAGGUUUUUAAGAGCUCAUUGGAAGUUCCUAAAGACCGUCGUGAAUAAGUUGUUUGAAUUUAUGCACGAAACACAUCCUGGAGUUCAGGACAUGGCUUGUGACACAUUCCUCAAAAUUGUUCAGAAAUGCAAGCGUAAAUUUGUUAUUGUACAGGUUGGGGAAAGCGAACCAUUUGUCUCUGAACUGUUGACAGGCCUCCCUACGACUGUUGGUGAUCUUGAGCCUCACCAGAUUCAUACUUUUUAUGAAGCGGUCGGUCAUAUGAUUCAAGCAGAAUCUGAUCCCCAAAAGAGGGAUGAAUAUUUACAUAGGCUGAUGAGUCUCCCUAAUCAGAAAUGGGCUGAGAUCAUUGGGCAAGCGCGCCAAAGUGUUGAUGUUCUCAAGGAUCAGGAAGUGAUUCGGACCGUGCUUAAUAUAUUACAGACAAACACAAGUGUUGCCAGCUCUCUUGGAACAUUUUUCCUAACCCAGAUGUCAUUGAUCUUCUUGGACAUGCUUAAUGUCUACAGGAUGUACAGUGAGCUUGUAUCUAGUACCAUUGCUGAAGGAGGGCCAUUUGCUUCUAAGACAUCCUAUGUGAAACUUCUAAGGUCAGUCAAGAGAGAAACUCUCAAACUGAUCGAGACAUUCCUGGACAAGGCUGAAGACCAGUCACAUAUAGGAAAACAAAUUGUGCCUCCGAUGUUGGAUCCUGUCCUCGGUGACUAUGCCAGGAAUUUGCCUGAUGCUAGAGAGUCGGAAGUUUUAUCACUUUUUGCCACAAUUAUAAACAAGUACAAAGUUGAGAUGAUAGAUGAUGUGCCUCGGAUAUUUGAAGCUGUUUUCCAGUGCACGUUGGUGAUGAUUACAAAAAACUUUGAAGAUUAUCCAGAGCAUCGCCUGAAGUUCUUUUCCCUACUUCGUGCCAUCGCGGCACACUGUUUUCCUGCGUUGAUUAGAUUAUCGAGUCAGCAAUUAAAGCUUGUCAUGGAUUCAAUUAUAUGGGCAUUUCGGCACACAGAAAGAAAUAUUGCUGAAACUGGGCUGAACCUGUUAUUGGAGAUGCUGAAGAACUUUCAGAAAUCAGAGUUCUGUAAUCAAUUUUUCCGGACAUACUUUUUGCAAAUCGAGCAAGAAAUCUUUGCUGUCUUGACAGACACAUUUCAUAAGCCUGGAUUCAAGUUGCACGUCCUGGUGCUUCAGCAGUUGUUUUGCCUUGUAGAAAGUGGUCCUGUGACGGAGCCGCUGUGGGAUGUUUCAGUGCCUGGAUUUCAACACCCAAAUAAUGCCAUGUUUGUUCGGGAGUUCACUAUCAAGCUUCUGAGUGAAUCCUUCCCCAACAUGACUACUGUAGAGGUCACUCAAUUUGUGAAUGGGCUAUUUGAGUCCAAGAAUAACUUGGCCACAUUUAAGGAUCACAUCCGAGACUUUCUAGUGCAGUCAAAAGAAUUUUCAGCACAGGACAACAAAGAUCUUUAUGCAGAGGAGGCUGCUGCACAAAGAGAAAGGGAACGGCAACGAAUGCUCUCUAUUCCUGGGCUCGUUGCCCCCAAUGAGCUACAAGAUGAUAUGGCUGAUUCCUAGAUGGCUAAUACUCAUCUCGAAGUUAAAUCAUGGGUGAUUGAUGGGGCAGUGGGGGUACCUAGCAGACGUUGGAAUCUGUCAAAGCAAAUACAGCAAAUUUUUUCCUAAUUAGAUUCCCCUUCGUUUCCAGAAUUUUCUUGGUUGAAAUUAGUAAAAGCAAGGUUACCCAUAGCCCGCCAGCUACACCGCCUAUAUGUCUAUUGGAGGGCUGUAGAGUAUUUAGGUGCUGAUUUAGGGAGGAAUAUGGGUUUUUCUGGAUUCAGAUUGAUCUAUAUGUACUUGCUAGAUUGUAUUCAAUCUGUUUAAAUGACUAUUAGCAUUGAUGAUUCAUCUCAGUGUAACGUGUACUUAACUUUUAUGGGUUGUGCAGAAAUGUGUUUCGUGCUCGUCUUAU